CCACGUCACUAGUGCGGCAGCAGGCGCCACGCGCGGCUUCCAUCAUGGCGUCCGCGGACUCCCGACUGCUCGGGGACGGGGCAGCUGUCCGGGGCGCUUUCCAGCCCUACCUAGACUCCCUGCGGCAGGAGCUGCAGCAGAGGGACCCAACGCUGCUGUCAGUGGUGGUGGCGGUUCUCGCGGUGUUGCUGACGCUGGUGCUGUGGAAGCUCAUCCGCAGCCGAAGGAGCAGUCAGCGAGCGGUGCUGCUGGUCGGCCUCUGUGACUCCGGGAAAACCUUGCUGUUCGUCAGGUUGUUAACAGGCCAGUACAGAGACACUCAAACGUCCAUCACAGACAGCUCGGCCACGUACAGAGUCAACAACAACAGGGGCAGCAGCCUGAUCCUGACUGACCUCCCCGGCCAUGAGAGCCUGCGGCUUCAGUUCUUGGAGCGCUUUAAGACCUCCGCCAGGGCUGUUGUGUUUGUCGUGGACAGUGCAGCGUUCCAGCGGGAGGUGAAGGAUGUGGCUGAGUUUCUGUACCAAGUCUUACUGGACAGCGUGAGUCUGAAGAACGCACCCUCAUUCCUGAUAGCCUGCAACAAGCAAGAUAUUGCGAUGGCAAAAUCAGCAAAGCUAAUUCAACAGCAGCUGGAGAAAGAACUCAACACCUUGCGAGUCACCCGGUCUGCCGCGCCCAGCACCCUGGACAGCUCCAGCACUGCCCCUGCUCAGUUGGGAAAGAAAGGCAAAGAAUUUGAAUUCUCCCAGCUGCCCCUCAAAGUGGAGUUCCUGGAGUGCAGUGCCAAGGGUGGGAGAGGGGACACCGACUCUGCGGACAUCCAGGACUUGGAGAAGUGGCUUGCUAAAAUCGCCUGAGGGGCAGCCCUGGAGCACAGGAGCCGGUCGGGGAAAGGGCAGCGAUGGUCCGGAGUUGCUGAGGAGGAGGUACACAAUGUGUGCUCUGGAAACAAGGUACUUUUGAAACCAACUGGGAACUUG